AGACGCAGCAAAACACAGCAUAGCCUUGCCUGUCACUAUGAGGAGCGAAGUCUUUUUCAGAAGCUCCAGGCGGGAGCAAGCUAGCUCCAGGCUAUUUCUAGGCCUUUAAGUAGCAUCAGCCUACUCCUGGUUACUGAUCAACCUGCUGCCCCACUCCUUUGCUCCUGAUCUACAUGGACUUGCUCAGUCCUGCAGCCUCAUGGGUCACUUACUAUUGUUGCUACUACCAGGUCCUGCCUUCUAAACUACACUUUCUCAUCCACAAUCACAGAACCAGAAUCGCCAUCAUCCAGAAGAGAAAUAGGAGGCCAGGAGAAGGCAAGAGACUGUGCUGUCAGUCCAGGUUUUUCUCUGGCUCACUCUGGUUUAGAGACCCAGUUCCCCAACUAUAAAAUGGGGAUAUUGGCCCGAGGGACUCUCAAGGCACAAAAUGAUACGGAGGAGGGAGGAAGGGAUGUUGGCCUAGGCCUAAUCAAGGAAAGGCAAGUUUUUGGUCCUUUGGUCUCUAUAGGAAAAGAAUGGGGACAGCAAACAGCUUUCUGCCACGUCCCAGAGCAUCUCUGGUUGGAAGAAAAGAAAAACGGAGGUCUGCAGCAGAGCGCAAGGUGGAGGAUAAUUCCUGCUAAGUACAGCCUGGCACCCCAAGUUCUGCGCCCCGCACCUCUCCAAACCCCAGCCUUGCAGCUCGGUCCCUACUCCAACCCUGAGUGUGGCGCCUUCUACUGCCCUCUGGCGGCCGACGCACGCGGCGCCACCAGCCUGGGGACCGGAAGGGGGCUGAUGCUGUGGGUUUGUUUUUAGGAUUGAAAGAGAUAAGGUACGCAGAACCCUGGCACGGUGCCUAGCACCUGGUAAGCACCUGCUGUUACGCUGCUGCGAUUACUAUUGUUAUUCUCUGGGAAAACUGAGGCUCAGAGAGAGUGCAUGUGUGUGUGCGUGCGUGUGUGUGUUUUGAGUAGGGUCCUUGGUCGAAGUCACAGAGGAUUGGAGGCACAGCGGAGACCCCGAUGUCCUUGUGGCCGUUGACCCUUGUGCAAUGGAAAAGCGCAGGGUCCGCGCGCUCCUAGCCCCCGCCCGCCCCUGGUCUGAGUUUCCUUACUUCGCCCAGGGAGCAGAAACCGGCAAGAGCUGGUAGCGGCCUGCGGAGGUCGCGGGAGGCAGAGGCGGGGGCCUGCCGGGCGUGACGCACUGAGGCUGGUAGGGCGCGGGGCGGGGCGGCCACACAGGCUGCAUAUAAAGGCGGCCACUGGGCGCUAAGAGCCAAAGCGAGCGAGUUUGUCUGAGAGCCCAGUCUCCAGCCAAAGCUAAUCCCGAACCCAGCCGCAGUCCGAGACCCAGCUGGAGUCGGAGCAGAACCUCCCGGCCACUCCCGUGCCGCCUGGCUACUCUCUGAACUUCUCUCGGCCCCGUUCCCGCUUCUGCGGUCCUUAGCCCAAUGAAACUGGCUGCGAUGAUCAAGAAGAUGUGUCCGAGCGACUCGGAGCUGAGCAUACCCGCCAAGAAUUGCUACCGCAUGGUCAUCCUCGGCUCGUCUAAGGUGGGCAAGACGGCCAUCGUGUCGCGCUUCCUCACGGGUCGCUUCGAGGACACCUACACGCCCACUAUCGAGGACUUCCACCGCAAGUUUUACUCUAUCCGCGGCGAGGUCUACCAGCUCGACAUCCUCGACACGUCCGGCAACCACCCGUUCCCCGCCAUGCGGCGCCUUUCCAUCCUCACUGGAGACGUUUUCAUCCUGGUGUUCAGCCUGGAUAACCGCGACUCUUUCGAGGAGGUACAAAGGCUCAAGCAGCAAAUCCUCGACACCAAGUCUUGCCUCAAGAACAAAACCAAGGAGAAUGUGGACGUGCCCUUGGUCAUCUGCGGCAACAAAGGUGACCGAGACUUCUACCGCGAGGUAGAGCAGCGCGAGAUCGAGCAGCUUGUGGGCGACGACCCCCAGCGCUGUGCCUACUUCGAGAUCUCUGCCAAAAAGAACAGCAGCCUGGACCAGAUGUUCCAGGCGCUCUUCGUCAUGGCCAAGCUGCCGAGUGAGAUGAGCCCGGACUUGCACCGCAAGGUGUCGGUGCAGUACUGCGAUGUGCUGCACAAGAAGGCGCUGAGGAGCAAGAAGCUGCUACGAGCCGGCGGCGACGGCGACCCCGGAGACGCCUUCGGCAUCGUGGCGCCCUUCGCGCGCAGGCCUAGCGUGCACAGCGACCUCAUGUAUAUCCGCGAAAAGGCCAGAGGCGGCAGCCAGGCCAAAGACAAGGAGCGCUGCGUCAUCAGCUAGGAGCACCCUCCAAGCAACCCUACUCCACCCGUGCUGACGACAGAACUCAUGAAAGAUCUUUUUGUCAAAUCUGAUGUCCAGGCCAGCCCUGUGUGCUCCGAGCCAAUUGCGCGCGCGGACUGGCGUCUUCCCUCCCCGAGAUCCCGGCCCCGCUAAUCGGGGAGGCGAAAACGAACCAAGAAGGGACGGUCAUCUGCUAUGGAAGUAAAGAGAACUGGCUAUACUGGGACUACCCCCAUCUCUGAUGGCCUACUAGCACCUGCCUUCCCCACGACUUGGGCGCAGGGGCGGGGUGGGGGGAGAAGAGGAUGGGCCCAGCAGGGGGUGAAUUUGUCUUCUCACAAAGACCUAAGAAUGAGGGGAGUGUGGAAGUUAAUCAUGCACUGUUAGGCUUUGAGAAACCCAUCCUGUUCGUUGGAGGGUUGACAAACAGGGCAUUAUCUUGUCUGUGACUCUGGGUUGCCAUGACAGCUACCGAAAAAGACUUUGUCCUCCUAAAACUAGGUGGGAUGUGGGUCAAAUCAUAACCAAGUGACUUGUUUACAUGUAUGUGUGAAAUUGCACAAAGGAAAAACACAAAACUUGCACUUUCAUAGUAGUUCUGGUGUUAUGAACAUGAACAAAAUCUUAUCCAGGUGUUUAAUAUUGUGAGAGUUUUUAAAAUUAUUGUUAUUGUUUUUUUAAUAUAAAAUAAAAUAAUUAAAAAUGGAAAA